AACUGUGAUCUAUGCUCCCCCCUAUGGCGCGGGAGAGGGUGUCGGGGCCAGGUUGUGAGGCAGCUGAGCACACUGAGAACCUCUUGGACGCCCUGUUGCAGACUCUGUACGACGUGGGAGAGAAAGAUGAUGAAACGGAACAGAAGAGAAUCAGAAAGAAGAGAGACAAUAGGAAGAGAGAUGGGGUUGCAGUAGCUGUGGCAGCAGAGAGAACCCUGCCUGGUUCUCUCACAAGAGGCCAGAAGAAGAGCACUUCCAGCUUUUUCAGGGAGCUCAGAGAGGAGCUCUGUGCUCCUGUGGUCACCUCCCACAGUCCCCCUUCAGGAGCAGAAGUCUCCACUACUACAGGAUCACCCUCUCCCCUGCAGAACAACAGGGAGCAAGUGGAAGUGGUACAAUUUCACAGCAGAAAUAAAAAGAGAAAACUGAAGCCAGAUCAAGAUGAGUGUGCAAAGACAAAAACUAUUAUCCAAGAGAAAGACACAAGUAUUCAAGAAUUUAACCUAGAAAAGGCUCGGUUGGAAGUACACCGGUUUGGGAUCACGGGCUACGGGAAAGGAAGAGAAAGAGUCCUGGAACGGGAACGAGCCAUCAUGCUGGGUGCUAAGCCUCCCAAAAACAGUUACAUGAACUACAAGGUUUUGCAGGAGCAAAUCAAAGAAAAAAAGGCAGCAAAGGAAGAAGAGAAGAGAGCGGUAGGUGUAAUAUACUGGAGUCUGUUCUUUAUUCUGGUCAGUAGAACAGAGAGAUGGAUGCACCCAGCCACAGUGACAUGCUGGAGGCUACUACCUACAAAGAAAUCGGCACAGAGUUGCAUGGCAAAUUCCCUGCACUUCACGUCAGCCGCAUUUUGUAAUACCAGGCCCAGGAUGCAGAUAUUUUCAAGAAAAAGAAGAGGAGAGGACAAGAAGAUAGGAAACCCAAAAAGAAGAAGUCAGCUCCCAGUAUUUUGUCAAGUGGACAGGUUGGACAGGUCGGAAAAUUCAAAAAUGGGACCUUAAUUCUGAGCCCAUUUGAUAUCAAGAAAAUAAAUUCUUCCAGAGUGGCUAAAUGAAGUACUUUGUCAGAUAAAAAGGGCAAUGACACUGGUCCUGGCCAGACUUGCAGUCUUGCGUGUGUCUCGUGCUGCCUCCUCGGUUGAGGAGGACCAGACAAGCCUGCGGAGCUGCGCUGCUCACCGAGUAAAUGGGCCUCACUUUCAUUUCCAGCACUGAUGCUGGGCACGUUUGCCUGUCAUACCAUUUUCCAUAAUUUUACUGUCAUAAAUAAAUGCUAGUAAUUAACAUUAAAUUAUUUUUAAUACUUGUAAUGACUUAAUGUUAUUGGCUCAUGAAAGAACUAAGAGCAUGUUUUAUUUUUUGGAGAAGAAGUUUUAAUUUUAAGCCUAUUUGUAUAAAAUGUACUUUUUCUGAACUUGUAUAAAUAAACACAGCUUUUAUAGUAUAUAUGGGUGCUCUACCACUGAGGUGCAUCCAGU